UCGGUCCGUCCUUCCCUCCGGGUCCGCCCGGGUCCGCCGGUUCCCCUCCCGCCCCCGGGGCCAAAGUACAAAAGAGAGGAGGAAGGAGGGAGCGGAGCCGGGAGCGGGAGGCCACGGCAGGGAAGGAGGCAGCGGUUGGGCGAGCGGGGCCGCAGCCGAGCGGGCCGGGUUGACCUCUGACCCGGCCCGGCCCGGCCCGGGCAGCGGGGCGGGGGGAGAGGCACAGCUUCGGGCCCGGACCUCGGGGGGCUCUCCGGGUCCGGAGGGUCCGGGGGGAAUCGGCCCCGCACCCCCGAUCCCUCGGCCCGGACAUGGUCGGGCGUCGCCGCCCCGGCUGCCGCCCCGCCCCUGCUCCGUAGACCCGGCGAUGCGGGGGCCCGGGGGCCCGGACGCCUGGGGCCCCGGAGGAGCCCGGGUCCGCGGGUGAGCCACCGGGGACGCCCGCGCCGCCCCGCCAUGGAGCCCCUGAAGAACCUGCUCCUCAAGACCCCCCUGGGGGCCUGGAACGGCGGGGCCAAGGGGGACGGGUCCCCCAAGACGGCCUACGCCAACCCGGUGUGGACGGCCCUGUUCGACUACGAGGCCAGCGGGCGGGACGAGCUGACCCUGCGCAAGGGGGACCGGGUGGAGGUCCUGUCCCGGGACGCCGCCAUCUCCGGCGACGAGGGCUGGUGGGCCGGGAAGGUCGGGGACCAGGUGGGCAUCUUCCCCUCCAACUACGUGUCCCGCGGGAGCCCCCCGCAGCCCGAGGUGGCCCGCUUCCACGAGCUGCGGCUGGAGGAGGUGAUCGGGGUCGGGGGCUUCGGGAAGGUCUACCGGGGCAGCUGGCGGGGGGAGCUGGUGGCCGUCAAGGCCGCCCGGCAGGACCCCGACGAGGACAUCAGCGUCACGGCCGAGAGCGUGCGCCAGGAGGCCCGGCUCUUCGCCAUGCUGGCCCACCCCAACAUCAUCGCCCUCAAGGCCGUCUGCCUGGAGGAGCCCAACCUCUGCCUGGUCAUGGAGUACGCGGCCGGCGGGCCCCUGAGCAGGGCCCUGGCCGGCCGCCGCGUGCCCCCCCACGUCCUGGUCAACUGGGGGGUGCAGAUCGCCCGGGGGAUGCACUACCUGCACUGCGAGGCCCUCGCCCCCGUCAUCCACCGAGACCUCAAGUCCAACAACAUCCUGCUGCUGCAGCCCGUGGAGGGGGACAACGUGGAGCACAAGACCCUGAAGAUCACUGACUUCGGCCUGGCCCGCGAGUGGCACAAGACCACCCAGAUGAGCGCGGCCGGCACCUACGCCUGGAUGGCCCCCGAAGUCAUCAAGGCCUCCACCUUCUCCCGCGGCAGCGACGUCUGGAGCUUUGGGGUGCUGCUGUGGGAGCUGCUGACGGGGGAGGUGCCGUACCGGGGCAUCGACGGACUGGCCGUGGCCUACGGCGUGGCCGUGAACAAGCUGACCCUGCCCAUCCCUUCCACCUGCCCCGAGCCCUUUGCCCAACUCAUGGCUGAUUGCUGGGCACAAGAUCCACACCGGCGGCCGGACUUCGCCUCCAUCCUGCAGCAGCUGUCGGCGCUGGAGGCCCAGGUGCUGCGGGAGAUGCCGCGGGACUCCUUCCACUCCAUGCAGGAUGGCUGGAAGCGCGAGAUCCAGGGCCUCUUCGACGAGCUGCGAGCCAAGGAGAAGGAGCUGCUGAGCCGCGAGGAGGAGCUGACGCGGGCGGCGCGCGAGCAGCGGUCGCAGGCGGAGCAGCUGCGGCGGCGCGAGCACCUGCUGGCGCAGUGGGAGCUGGAGGUGUUCGAGCGCGAGCUGACCCUGCUGCUGCAGCAGGUGGAUCGCGAGCGGCCGCACGUGCGCCGCCGCCGCGGCACCUUCAAGCGCAGCAAGCUGCGGGCGCGCGACGGCGGCGAGAGGAUCAGCAUGCCGCUGGACUUCAAGCACCGCAUCACCGUGCAGGCCUCUCCCGGCCUCGACAGGAGGAGAAACGUCUUUGAGGUCGGAGCCGGGGACUCUCCAACCUUCCCCCGUUUCCGGGCUAUCCAGUUGGAGCCGGGGGAACCGGGACAGGUCUGGGGGCGGCAGUCUCCCCGACGCCUAGAAGAAACGGGAAAUGGGGAACGUCGACCGUGCUGGGCCUGGGGACCUGGCUCUCCCAAGCUGGGGGAGGUGCAGAAUGGGAGGCGACGCUCCCGGAUGGACGAGGCCACGUGGGACCUGGAGUCCGAAGACCCUUCCCCUUUGGGGUCUCCCUCUACACCUCCCACGCUUAAUGGUGACGCCCGGACUCCCGAGCCCGAAGAGUCGCGGCGCCACGGCCCCCCGGAGCGGAGCGGGACCCCCAAAAUCAUCCAGCGCGCCCUGCUGAGGGGCACCGCUCUGCUGGCCUCCCUGGGGCUGGGCCGUGAUCUCCAGCAGGCGGGCGGAGGUGGCGGCGGAGGCGGUCGGACCAAGGGGGAUCCCCCAGCGGAAGAGGAGCCCCCUCCCUCCCCCCUCAUCCGCUUCUCCCCCAAGACUCCCGAGGCUCCAGCCUCUCCCCUGAGCCCUGACCCCGAGAAGCCCCCUGGCCCCCUCCUGCUGGACUUGGGGACCCCCGCAGGGCAACCUUCGGCCAAGAGCCCCCGGAGAGAGGAGGAGACGAGGGGUGGUGCCGUCUCCCCGCCGCCUCCACCGGGGUCCUCCCGCCCGUCCCCUGGAACGCCCCGCUCCCCGACCCCGGGUCUCAUCAGUCGGCCCCGCCCCUCCCCGCUCCGGACCCGCAUCGACCCCUGGAGCUUCGUGUCGGCCGGCCCUCGUGCCUCCCCGUUGCCCUCCCCGCAGCCCGCCCCCCGUCGGGCCCCCUGGACCUUGUUCCCGGACUCGGACCCCUUCCGGGACACCCAGCCUUUCGCCCCAGGGCCUGGGAGCCCAGGCUCCCCCUGGGCCUGCCACAGCCAAACCAAAGAGGCCGCAGCCCAGGCUCCUUGGGGCGCCACGGGGACGCAGGGGAGUCCUUGAGCCAGGGGACCGUGCCUCCCCCUGCCCCCCGGGCACCCUCAGGGACCUUUGGCCACACUGGCACCCCGGGCAGCCCGAGAUAAGGGAGGGUAGGGGUGCCCCUCACCCGAGCUGCCCGGGGUCUCCUCAUACACUGGAAAGGGGGUGCGGGCCAGCCCCUCGCCUCAGCCCUUGGGACUCUGCCCCGGAAUCACCACCCUGAGGGGGGAUGAUCUGGACUGGAGGGGGCGGGGACCCCACCAGCUUCCUACCCGCUGCAUGGGGUGAGAGGGUGGGGAGGCGUGGGGGGCAGGGCGCCCGGCCCCCGGAACACUACACUGCACCUGAAGCCUUUACACUGGACUGGGGGACUGCCCAGGGUUCCCCACUUCGGCGGGGGAAAUACGGCUCUGCAGGGGCGACCCUCUCCUCCCCCCGCCGUGAGACCUGGCCCCGCGUUGGCCAUCUGGGGGAGGAACAGGACCUGUCUCAGGGAAUUGCCCCCCUGCACUCUCCCCUGUCCCCACCCCCCACCGCCCAGGUCAGCCCCUGUCACUUGGCAACCGGGUGGGGGGGACUGGGGAGACACAGGCCAAACCCAAGUUGAAGUGUGAGCCAGCCCCAUGACCUGCUGUCACCAGCACUUUGACCACGUCCGUCUACUGAUUGCCUACCCCCAUCUUUCUCCAGCCCGGGGCUGGAGAUUAUAAGUGGGAGAAGGGAGCAGGGGGAAGCAGGGAAGCUGUGGGGGGUGGUCUGCCCUUCCUGGUGACAUCACAGACCCUCGCCCCACCUGGCUGUGCCUGAAUCUCUGCCCAGCCCACACCACCUCCACCAUGCUGGCUCUCGGGCCAGAGGUUGAGAAAAUCCAUGUCCCCAAGGGUCACAGCCUGUGGACUUUUACUGAAACCAAAUAAACUGUUAAGCUGUCUCCA